CCAUCCUACGAAGAGGAAAAAAAAAACUGCUUCCUUGAACUACCGCGGCUCUGUCUUUUAAGACACUUUAAAGCCUUAAUUUUACCAAAAUGAAUCGUAUAUUUGGCAGAGGGAAACCUAAGGGUCCACCACCAAACUUGUCGGACUGUAUAGGAAGUGUUGAUUCUCGGGCAGAGUCCGUCGACAAGAAAAUCGCCCGGCUAGAUGUUGAACUGGUGAAGUACAAAGAUCAGAUGAAGAAGAUGAGAGACGGACCUUCGAAGAACAUGGUCAAGCAAAAGGCGAUGAGAGUUUUGAAGCAGAAGAGAAUGUACGAGAGUCAGCGAGACAACCUCAUGCAGCAGUCGUUCAACAUGGAACAACAAAACUAUACAAUCCAAACCCUCAAAGACACUAAAACUACAGUUGACGCCAUGAAAGUCGGCCUCAAAGACAUGAAGAAAGCCUACAAGCACGUGAAAAUUGAUCAGAUUGAGGAUGUUCAAGAUCAGCUCGAGGACAUGAUGGAAGACGCCAACGAAAUCCAGGAGGCGAUGGGCCGGAGCUACGGCACGCCAGAAAUUGACGACGACGACUUGGAAGCAGAGUUGGACGCUCUUGGAGACGAGCUCCUGCUGGAUGAGGACAGCUCUUACCUGGACGAGGCUUCCUCCGCUCCUUCUAUCCCUCAGGGUCUGCCUGGCGAGGCCAGCAACAGGGAUGGUGUUCUGGUGGAUGAGUUCGGCCUUCCUCAGAUUCCCGCCACAUAAAAGGAGCGAUGGUGAUGGCGAUGGCGACACUCCUGAUGGUUUUAAAUGUAUCAUAGCCUCUCGUACUUUUCUUUUUUUUGUAUCUACCAACUAACACUCCCAAGCCUUAGACCAAAGCGUCUUCUGUCCAGCGAAUGAUGUAGACUACAACUUGAAAUCAGGUUUCUUAAUUAGAACAACUUUUUAAUAAUUCUUCUGUAUAAUUGAGCUCAUGUCAUAUAUAUGUAUCGGAGGUGUUUUGAGGUUUUUUGCAAUCUGGGUUUUUUCUCUUUAACUUUGUACAGUUUCUGCAUCGCUGCGUUGCUACCGACAACAUCAAUAAAUUAUAUUUUUC